AGUACGCCGCCUAUAUGUGGACAUACUAUCUAGUAGGGUAGUACGCGGUUUGGGACGCAGCCUGAAUGUUCCAUAUGAGGCCUGUGUGAACAAGUCAUGGAAAAUGGCGACUGCCGAGCCGGAGGUAAUAUUGAAUCCAUCGAAGAGUGAAGAGGAGAACUCAGAAGAGACAAGCCAGGAGAUUGUCAGCCCUGAGUGUUAUAUCAAACAUCCACUUCAAAACAGAUGGACUUUAUGGUUCUUUAAAAAUGACAAGAGCAAAACAUGGCAAGCUAACUUGCGACUGAUUUCCAAAUUUGACACAGUAGAGGAUUUUUGGGCGCUUUAUAACCAUAUUCAGCUGUCCAGUAAUUUGAUGUCUGGUUGUGACUAUUCACUGUUCAAGGACGACAUUGAGCCCAUGUGGGAGGAUGAGAGAAAUAAGAAAGGAGGGCGCUGGCUCAUCACCCUCAACAAACAACAGAGGAAACUCGACCUGGACCGUUUUUGGCUGGAAACGAUGCUUUGCCUCAUAGGAGAAGCUUUUGAUGACUACAGUGACGAUGUGUGCGGUGCUGUAGUCAACAUCCGAACAAAAGGAGAUAAAAUUGCUGUCUGGACAACCGAUUACGAGAACAAAGAAGCAAUAACGCACAUAGGGAUGGUCUAUAAGGAGCGGUUAGGAAUCCCUAUGAAGAUGACCAUUGGUUAUCAGUCUCAUGCUGACACAGCCACUAAGAGUGGCUCAACUACCAAGAACAAGUUCGUGGUCUGAAAUUCUGAGCCUGAUUUCUCUCUCUCUCUCUUUCUUUGUCUCUCCCCCUCUCUUUCUCAUGCACUUUGCCAUUCUGCCCUGAACCAAAGCUUCAAAUUAACAGGUUCUCACCCAGGUUCUGAGCCCCAACAGGAAUCUCUAACUCCCACAUACACCUUUAAGGAACUCACCUUACAAAGUAUGGUCAGCAUGUAAUACACUACUCAAAGUGUUAACUCAAACAUAUCAAAUCCAACUAAGCAAAAACAGCAAAGCAUUAUGAUGUAGCCUCAGAUCUUCAAUAUAUUGAUGGUCUCAUCAAAAAUGACUUGAACAAACUUGCAUAUUCAUUGUUAAACAGGACUCAGAUUGUAAAAUAUUUGCUGUGUUCCUUUUGAAACAAAUGUAUUGAAUUAUUUAAUGGCUGAGGAAAGGAAAUACCUGUGUGCCCUUAUCCAGCAGCUAAUGAACACAUUUUUAAUUUAUUCAGAUUUUAUCUUAACAUUUCAUGAAGGUGGUAUAAAGCCGCCCAUGUAAUCAAGCAAAUCUUCAAAAGGCUGCCUUAUUUCUUUCAGCGCUAACGUUAUUAAAUUUGGGGUUUUGCAAUUCA